CAUUAUAUAAUCAUCUUAUCAAACAUGAGUAUUAUCAUCGGAAGGAUCGUAUUUGGUUUAAUGUUUGAGGUCUGCACACUUGAGGAAUUCAUAAUUGAUUUAACAGUGUAUUUUAGCUAGUUGUUAAAUCUACAUUUAAAAUUAUUUGUAAAUAUAUAAAUCAAAGUAUUUAAGUAAUCCACUGCAAGGCUUUCGAAUGAAACUGCAGUUAGUAUGUAGCUAUCUGACAGAAGUUGUACAUGACUUCUAGUAAAUAAUUGGACGCACAUAUGUACAUACGCACAUAUGUAUAUGGAUGCACGUAUUUUUUGCCUGCCAGGUAACAUUUUCUAAUUUAAAGGGCACCAAUCAAUUGCUAAUUGCUUAUUCGUUAUGGUUGUGGCCUUGUCAGUUCUUUAUUUCCUCGCUUUUUACUUAGUUUAUUAAUAACUUUGGUGAGAAACUUUUUUGUGGCGUUUUCUGUGGUGUGCAGCAAAAAAUAAGUCUACACAAAUUAAAUUGAAUUAAGUUCCCAGAAAGAUGGGAUUAUCUGGAUCUGUCACAAAAUGGAUAAUUGCGAUAGUUGUUCUUACGACGAGCAUUGUGGACGCUUGCAACUCGUACGGGCACUACGGGAGCUCGGUCGUGGAUUUUUCCCAUCUUGACAAUUUGGACGCUUCCCAUCAUCCCACGUUGAGCGAAAAGAUUCGGAGUGUGGUGAGGUCACAUUACGGGAAAGGGUGGGGCUGGUCCCCUCCAAAGUCAUCUUACCAAGGUCACUCUGGAGGGGGUGACAGCUACAGUCACUCUGCUGGCGGUGGUGGUGGUGAAAGCGAUGGCCAUCAUCAUCUCUCAUCAAUAUCUUCACAUUCUUCACAUCAUAAACCAGGAUACGAAUUUGCGGCUCAUAAUCACCAGAAACCAGUCAUCGUGGGUCCUCCAAAGUCCAAAAAUGCGGAAGGAAUGUCAAGAAAAUAUCGAAAAGUUAAGGUGGUACAAGUCAAGAAAUUAAACGAAUAAUGCAAUGUUUGUAUCCAUUAUUAGCGUUAAUAGUAUUAUUAUUCAUUGAGUUGUUGCAGUGAGCAUGUUUGACAGAAAAAGUGUGUAUGAUUGAUUAACUCUUAAGAGGUAUUAAAACCAUCUUUUUGUUUUCAAAAUUA